GGCUUGCAUUGAAGACCCAGCGUCGGUUAAUUAGCCCUAAGCAUCCUAGGAUCCGAAGUUUUAUGCAUCGGAGGACUCAUCAAAUCUUUGAUAUGGCACUUAGGGUCCACAAGAACAUACAACAGAGAGACAUGGAAAUUGGUCGGAGUCUUGGAAACUGGAUUCUCCGGGGGCUUGAUCGGAUGAAGCCAUCGGCUCAGGUUCUACUACCAAAACAUACAGAGCCAAGCAUAGACAAGGCAAGGAGAGUAUUACAAUCAACCCGUCUCAAACCGCAUGUUAACACGCAGACUCCUCAGAACCGUGAGGUCGAUAGGAACUUGUUCAUGUCCUUGAGGAACUUUCGGUCCAAAUACCCCAUUGCUUCGAUGAUGAUGAUCAAGCCUCCAAGAUCCACGGGAACUACCACUCAGUACAGGCCUUACAGUGCUGGUGAAUCCAGUCUGAUUAAACCAAUUUAUGCUAGAGGCGAGUUCAACAGCGUCAUCAGGAAGGACAUUUUGCAGUGGAUGGUGCAGAAGAGAUAAAGCCGCCAAAAUUCAUCAAAGGCCCUUCUGUUUCUUAUAUUACAAGAUACUCAGAAGGAAACACUUCUCUCAACUGUUUCACUUUGUACGAGUUUUUUUAAUAACCGGUGGAUUGAUAGGAAAAUCUCCUGGAGAACUAAAAGUUGUGACUAGUA